AUGAGCAACAAUGACACUACAAAGAAGCAAAUGGAGAGCAGCAAAAGACCAAUAGAAGAUGAAAAGCCAACAAAGGCAGAUGAAGCCGAGGAUCAAGUUGUGAUGCCAAACAAGGACACUGAGAAACUCAAAGAGAAGAACAACCAGCCACACAGUUCAAAAGAAGUGAUUCAGGGAAAGCAGGAAGUGGGAAAGAGCAUCACACCUCCACUGCCAUAUCCCCAGAGGUUCAGCAAAGAAACUAAGGACCAACAUUUUCAUAAGUUCCUUGAGACUUUCAAGAAGCUGGAGAUCAAUAUUCCCUUGGCUGAAGCACUUGAACAAAUGCCUCUGUAUGCCACGUUUUUGAAAGAGCUUAUCAACAAAAAGAGGAGUUGGCUUGAGAAGGAAACUGUGUUACUCACCGAGGAAUGCAGUGCUGUGAUUCAAAGAGGCAUUCCACCAAAACUCAAGGAUCCAGGAAGCUUUGUAGUCUCAUGCACUAUUGGCAGAAUGGUUCUCAACAAAGCUCUCUGUGACCUUGGUGCCAGUAUCAACCUAAUGCCUCUCUCAAUGAUAAGAAAGCUUGCCAUAGAAGAGCUUAAACCCACCAGGAUGUCAUUGGUCAUGGCUGAUAGAUCAAUCAAAACACCCAAUGGAAUUGUGGAAAACCUGUUGGUGAAGGUUGGGGAGUUUAUUUUCCCAGCAGAUUUUGUGAUUUUGGAUACUGAAGAGGAAGGAAACAAUUCAAUCAUUUUAGGAAGGCCAUUUUUAGCCACAGUAAGAGCCAUCAUUGAUGUAGAAAAAGGAGAGAUGAUCUUCAGGGUCCACAAUGAACAAAUGGUCAUAAACGUUUUCAAGUCAAUGCAACACAUUUCUGAGCAAGAGGACUACGUGAGAGUGGAUAUGAUAGAGAGUUUGGUGGAAGAAAUGUUGGAAGAUAACCCUCAAGAGCAAGAAGAAAAUCAAGAGACAAUAGAGGAACAAGUAGCCGAGAUGUCUAUUAAGCAAGAGGAAAAACAAGACAAGAAGGGAGAAGUACGAAAACAAGAACUGAAGCCAUUACCCACCCAUCUCAAAUAUGCAUUCCUGGGUGCAUCAGAGAGCUUCCCAGCGAUCUUCAAUUCGUCCUUGACAAAAAAGGAAGAAGGAGAACUUCUUGAUGUACUCAAAGCUCACAAAGAUGCUUUAGGAUGGACCAUUGACGACCUGAAAGGCAUCAGCCCUGCAGUGUGUAUGCAUAAGAUCCUCUUGGAAGACAACUCCAAGCCAGUUGUUCAACCUCAAAGAAGGCUAAAUCCCACAAUGAAGGAAGUUGUCCAGAAGGAGGUAAUGAAGUUGUGGAAUGCAGGGAUAAUCUUCCCAAUAUCUGACAGCUCAUGGGUAAGCCCGGUCCAAGUUGUACCAAAGAAAGGAGGGAUGACGGUCAUCACCAAUGAGAAGAAUGAGUUAAUCCCUACUAGAAUAGUGACUGGGUGGAGGAUGUGCAUUGAUUACAGGAGGCUGAAUGAUGCCACCCGCAAGGACCAUUUCCCUCUCCCCUUUAUUGAUCAAAUGCUUGAAAGAUUAGCUGGCCAUGCUUACUAUUGCUUCCUUGACGGCUACUCCGGAUACAAUCAGAUAGUGGUGGAUCCAAAAGACCAGGAAAAGACCUCGAAGGGCACUGAGAACCGAGUUGCGGAUCAUUUGUCGAGGCUACCACAAGAAACAAUUCAAAAAGCCUCCCAGCCUGUGAAUGAAAGUUUCCCAAAUGAGCACCUUUUGCAGAUCCAGCAAACACCUUGGUUUGCUGACAUAGCAAACUAUAAAGUGGGAAGGAAGAUACCUCAAGAGUUCUCUAAGCAACAAGUGAAGAAGUUAAUCAAUGAAGCAAGAAAGUUCUUAUGGGAUGAACCCUUCCUGUUCAAGAGAUGUUCUGAUGGAGUAAUUAGAAGAUGUGUCCCUGAGAGUGAAAUAAGGGAUAUCUUGUGGCAUUGCCAUGGUUCAGCUUAUGGUGGACACUUUGGCCCAGAAAGAACAGCUGCAAAGAUACUGCAGAGUGGCUUCUAUUGGCCAACUAUCUUCAAGGAUGCCAGGGAGUAUGUUCACCAAU